GGCUCCGCCCGCCGGGGCGCAUGAAUGAGGAAAUAUGGGAGUAAAUUGCCCUACGCACGUAUCACGCCGGCACGGAGAGUCCUCCGCCACAGCUAGCGCAUCCCGAUCGGCGCUGGGUGGUGUCGGACGGUUGUCACCCCGGGGCAACGUGGUCGCAAGGUUCGCAUUGCUCUCACCUUGUCUGUCGCCAUUUCCCGUUGCGGCGCCUGGGGUUUCCAGCCUGGAGAUUCUGGCGCCAUCGUCACGGUACGGCGCAGCUCAUCUGCAUGCAUCCAACCUCCAAUCCCGCCGCUCGCUGCCAAUCAGGCAGUCGUUGCCGCCAUCUUUCGUUUCAUCUCCAUUCCCCCGCCUGCUUAUCUUCAAGUCUCCAGACUGUCGCGCCACCCUCACGGUUGCUUGCUUGUUGCUAUUUCGGUCCUCGUCCUCUUCAGGAACUUCACGCUUUGUCUCUAUCCUUCUCCCUCUCCGCACUGCACGAGCACCUCCAUCUGGUCGUGGGGCACGGUAAUUCUUCUCCUCCCAAGUCCUUCAUCAUGAUAGCAAUUAGCGGCAGGUCUUGGCACGCCUUUACAUCCGACUCUUUUUCCAAACCCGACAACAAAUCCGACAAUAAUACCACGCCACCACCCUAACCAUCACCAUGUUGCUUGCCCCCACGCACCACCACCACCUCGGACUUGACGACUCGACCUGCCUCAGCUCAACCUAGGUAGCUCGACUUGAUUCGACCUACCUACAUACAUACCUUUGACUCAACCGUCCUCCACCGGUCCCCCGUCAUGGGGAAUCUGUUUCUAAUCCAUGCGGCGCGGAGUCAGGCCCAAAGAAUGACAGCGUCAUCUAUCCUUAACCUAGUCAGCAGCGCCCUGCGGCGCUCGGCCUCAG